AUUUUAGUACUAGUAUAUACAGGAAAGAAAAAAUGCAUGCAUUUUAUUUUAAAUGACAUAGAAGGACAACGUUCACAUUUUGAUGACAUGUAAAUCAUGUAAAUACUACUUAUUAAAAUUGUGUUCAUAUUUAUAUUCAUAAAAUGACAGAUUAAAGUGUGUCCAUAAACGAUAUAAGGAUUUCUGAAAGGUAGUUAUUAUUAUUCUGUGGCAAAUUAUGCCACACGCAGUGCCAUUAAUUUCAUUCUAAAAGAUCUUAAAAUAGGUAUUUAAUAAAUAUCUUCUAGAUAAGCAGAACAAAAAAUAAUGAGUAGACGAGCAAGUUUAUUCGCAAAACAAAACCCGGAAGUUAAAAAGAAAGGUGUACGGUUUCCCGAUGAGUUGGUAUUUUUGGACAAUAUUAAAGAAAAUGACAUACAUGCAUUGGAUCAUAUGUUGCGGAGAGCCAGUCUACAAGUUGACAUAAGUGGAAUUAACGAUGCUGGGUUAACGCCUUUACAUCAAGCGGUGCUAGACGGCAAUGAAAGCGCUGUAAGACUUCUGGUAGCUCAUGGUGCAGAUAUCAACAAACAAGACGAUGAUUCUUGGACACCGCUACAUGCCGCGUGUGCCGAAGGAUACGCUGAUAUUGUCAAGUUCUUACUGGACAACGGUGCGGACAAAACAAUAUUGACAGAAGAUGGAGAAAGACCACUUGAUCUAGUAGAACAAUCAGAUUUUAAAACUAUCCGGGUAAUGUUGGGCCACGCCCAAUCUUGUGAUAAUGACCAAUCAGAUGAGGACACGUUAGAACAAGAUGGCGGUACUUCCGUAUCCGGGUGAUCCAGUAUAACAUUUCUCCUUUCAUCAAAGAUAUUUUUUCUUGUUCAAAAUUGGAAGCCAAUAAAUCUCCCGGAAAAUGUCAAAUAUAUGGCAAUCAACAGAAUUUUUAUGACCUUAAGGUCUCAUCAACUUUGUGAAUUAUUACAAGAUGCCAUUUUUUAUUCUCACAAGCACUUUUAGACUUUAUUUCGGGAAAAAAGUUU